UGAAACUGAACGGCAAACUUGAUUCAUUCAUUCAACUUUCCGACGAAACUUGACAGUAUUUGCAAAGCAUUACAUGUUAGCUUGCUCUGCCAGGUGUGCGUGUGCAUGUUUGUUGCUGUAGCUGGACGUUGUUUCGCUUGAAAGUGUGUGCACUCGUUUUUGCGCGUGCAUACCUAACUCCAGCUGCAGCCGAGUGUGUUUAUGUGUGUGAAGAGUCCGUGUGUGCCAUGUCAGUAUCAGUGAUCAUAAAGUGGGGAGGCCAGGAGUACUCCAUCAGUUCUCUGUCUGAGGAGGACACAGUGAUGGACCUGAAACAGUCCAUUAAGACCUUGACUGGGGUGCUGCCAGAGAGACAGAAACUACUGGGACUCAAGGUCAAAGGUAAACCUGCAGAGGACGAGGUGAAGUUAGGCUCUCUGAAGCUGAAGCCUAACACUAAGAUCAUGAUGAUGGGCACCAGAGAGGAGAGCCUGGAAGAGGUUUUAGCCCCUCCCCCAGAGAAUGACGAUGUGGUCAAUGAUUUUGACAUAGAGGAGGAGGUCAUUGAAGUGGAGAACAGAGAGGAGAACCUGGCUAAGAUCGCCCGCAGAGUAAAAGACUAUAAGGUGGAAGAGAUGAACCCCCCCAGAGAAGGCAAGAGGCUUCUGGUACUGGAUGUGGACUACACAUUGUUUGAUCACAAGUCGUGUGCAGAAACGGGUCAGGAGCUGAUGAGACCAUACCUUCACGAGUUUCUGACAACAGCGUAUGAGGACUAUGACAUUGUCAUCUGGUCUGCUACAAGUAUGAAGUGGAUUGAUGCCAAAAUGAAAGAGCUGGGAGUGACAGACAACCCUAACUACAAGAUCACAUUUAUGUUGGACAGUGCAGCAAUGAUCACAGUACACACCCCAAAAAGAGGAGUUGUGGAGGUGAAGCCGCUGGGUGUGAUAUGGGGGAAGUAUGGAGAAUUUUACAACAGAAAGAACACCAUUAUGUUUGACGACAUAGGACGAAACUUCCUCAUGAACCCACAGAACGGACUAAAGAUCCGGCCAUUCAUGAAGGCCCAUCUUAACAGAGAGAAGGACAGGGAGCUGUAUAAACUGGCUCAGUACCUCAAAGAAAUCGCCAAGCUUGAGGACUUCAGUGGACUCAACCACAAACACUGGGAGAGGUACCUAUCUAAGAGGCAGCAGCACCAUUGAGGAGGGACUACAUCCUAAGCAAAGACUUGAGCUGGACGCUGCCAUCCCAUCAUCCAGCUCUGUCACACACAAACUUGGCUGUUACAAGCCCUUUAUUACAAACCUUACUACAAAACCCACACUAACCCUGCAGCCACCAACACUCAAAAGCUCAGGACUGGAAUGGGCUUCCCAAUUUAUAUAUUUGCAUGUUCUGUCCCAAAUCUCACACAUUGUUUUUUGCAUUUAUUACAAUAAUAACAGCAGUUACCACCCGUCUGUGUGGUAAUCGUAAAAUACACCUGUGUUCUCCUGGGUUUGAGGCCGCAUGCCACGAGCCACCAUGACCCACAAACCUCUACAUAGUUACUUCAGUCAGGUGUCUAGAAUACAUCCUGAGGCCCACUGUGAAAUAGUACCUGGAAAUAUUUGAGAUGUGUGGGGUUUACAGUGUUUUCACAUUACAGAUAGUGUGAAAUUGUUUGUCUUUUACUAAAUAGUAGGCAUACUUUGCUCCGACCAUCAAGGCGCUCUGCUCUACCAAGCAAGUGACAAUAGACACAAAUUUUAUUUCACUAUGGUUAAGAGCAAUAAGUGGCGUCCCCCCACGCUGAAGUGAAGAACUGAAGUGGAAAAUUGGAACCGCAAAAUGUGUCUUUGAGCAUUACACAAUUUGACAUGUAAUAAAUAAUAUGCAAUAAUCCUCAAAGCUACUGUAAUACUAACAGCUGCUGAGAUAAGACAGGUUGUAGCAAAAAUGCUUUCAUCAAAACAACCGACAGCCAUGUGCGUGUUUUGAUGGAAAACAUGUUGUAUGCAGGGGUCAGCGGACACAGGCCUGUGGGCUGGAGGAGGUCGUACAUGUACUGUACAUACUAUGGGCACACAGGCGGACAGUUUUUCAUGGGUGGAUGGGUACGUGUGCUUCUUUUGCCCAGAGAUAUUUUGUUUUUCUGUUCCAGCUCUGUUGCUGGAUGCACAAUCUCAGUUACAAGCAAAGGAUCGGUUUUAUUUUUAUUGGGAUGCAGAAUAUAUUAGUAUGUGUUUUGUUUAGAGCCUUUAUUGAACUGUUUAGGGAAAUUCAAAUGUUGAUGAACAAAGUUGGGAAUGAAAGAAACUGACAGCACAAAAUGUGCGCUUUCUGUUGUUUCUUUUUGGGUUUUUUUUUCCCUGUAGCUGCUUCAUUAGAGAUAUGAUGUCUGCACUUAUUGUCAACGUUAAUUAUAAAUUAUGGAUGAAGAAGGGGAAGUUUCAGGGGAAGGUGUGUCCCAUCUUAUGAGCAAGUAGCACCUGAAGUGCUUGGAAACAUCAGGGAUGUGAACUUUUUUUUCUUUCAGGUUUUGUCAGGUUUACAGCUCUCUUGGAUAUUCAGCUUCCUUUAAUUUCUUGAAAUGAUUUCUUGAGAUCUGCCUUCUUGUGUUUUCCUCAUCACGUCCCUAACAUCCUGGCUGUAAAUAUGACAAUAAAACCCUUUUUUGUAC